AUGGUGAAACCUAAGAAGACCAAACCAAAAUCUCCUUCCCCAAAGCCUAGGAAAAUAAGGAAUGCAACAUCUUCCUUUGGUGCUCAAAAGCAUGUCCCCCCACCUAAGCCUCAAUCAAAACCAUCUAGUGGAGCUGAGAAGAGGAAGAAAGGGAAACCUGAAAGAGUUUAUGCAGCAGCCACUAUGGAAGAGGAGACUAAAUCAGAUGAAGUCAUGAGAGAAGUGAAGAAGAGUGCUUCUGCUGCUAGGUUUGUGAAGAUGCAAUCCUCUAGUGAAGGUCAAACUAGUAAGAAACCACAAGUUGAAACUGAUCCAUCUGGCAUAACUCUUAAGAAAGUCAAGGAAACAAUAACAGAGCAAGGCAACCUUAAAUUUCUUUCUCAAUUUUAUGAUCGUUUGGAUGAAAAAGGAAAAAGAUCUCUAGAAGAAGCUACCAUUAUUACAAACUCUGGUGAAGUAGUUCAGGAUCCUCCAGUAAUGAAUUUUGAUUCAAAGAAGAUUAUUGAGGAGGUUGGUGAUGAGAAGGUAGAGGAUGCAGAAAUGGGAGAGAAGGAGAAGGAUGAAGGAAAGAUUGAAUAG